AUGGAGGACAAAUCUGAAGAGCUUACGAGUUUGCUGAAAAUUCUCCCCCCUGUAGAAUUUUGUUGUGUCUAUGGCUCAGCUCUCCAUCCAAAUAAUUGUGACAAGUCAUCAAUGGUAGAUUACAUUGUAGGUGUAGUAGAUCAUCUGCAAUGGCAUGCUGCGAAUUUGAAAAUGAAUCGAGAUCACUAUGCCUCCUGGAUGGUGCACCUUAGCAGGGCAAGGCUGAUUACUGAUGUUGCAGAUGAAAUUAGUGUUGGAGUACACUUCAACCCAUUUGUUACCAGGAAUAACAAGAUGUUCAAGUACGGGGUUGUUCGAAUGGAUGAUUUGAUACGGGAUAUACUCAAUUGGGAGAGGUUCUAUCUUAGUGGUCGAUUACAAAAACUUGUUCAUAUACUGAAGGAUAAUCUGGAUAUUUCAAAUGUAAACUUUGUUAAUUUGAGAGCUGCAACAUCUGCUGCUCUCCCUCUUUGGCCAUCCAAAUUCAAUGAGGAAGAUCUCUUUGCCAAAAUAUGUAGCUUGUCAUAUAUGGGUGAUCUACGUAUGCUUUUUGCAGAAGAUAAAAAUAAGGUAAAUAAUAUUGUGCAAGGGCAGUUUGGUUUAUUCCAAACAAUGUAUAAGCCAUAUCUAGAAGAACAUGCAACCAAUGACUUGUUGAGAUUUUCAUCAUCUGGUGGUCACCAAGUAAAUAUAUCUCAGGAUUCUAGUUUAUCUACAGUUUCCUCCCUUGUUUUUAUUCUUCCAGCGACGGUCAGAAGCCAAAUGAGGAUGAGAGUAGGAGAAGAGAAAAAAGUUGGUAAAUCUGGUCAAGUUAUACACGAAGUUGUGAUUAAUUCAAGGGAAGUGGUUACCAAAUGCAUGCGGAAAGUUGUGAGGCAUAGGGUUAUGAUUUCAAGUGCAAGGUAGGCUGUUUCUGGAAUACUGACUAUUUGUGCUGUUCAUGGAGUUAGAUAUCUUGCAAAUAAGAUGCAUAAGGCUUGGAAAUCAUGGACAUGAACUUGAAAUACUGACUGUUGGUGCUGUUCAAGUGCAAGGCAUGCUGUCUCUCCUAUUUUGGGUUUUUUCCUCCUUCCAAGUGGGUUAAUUUCUUGUGGACUAAAACCUUGACAAGAGAAGUACAACAUCAGCUUGAUCUAAAACUAAGGCUAAAUGGGCUUUGUCUAGAAGUGCACUGUAUUUUUGGCAAACUUUUGAGAGGAAAUGAAUGAUUCCUAUAGGAGUUUUGUAUCUUUAAUAUAAGGAUCAUUUUUUUUUAUUUGUAUCUUUAAUAUAUGAAUCGUUUUUUUUCUUUUGGGGGUAAAAAGAAUCAAUUUUUUUUUCUUUAAUUUUGUAAAUUAUAUAAGUUUUUUUUUUUUUUUUUUUUUUUUUUUUUUUUUUUUUUUUUUUAAACCUGGCAAUUUAUUGAGAAAAUACUAACAUAUUUGGGUUAUAAUGAUUUUUUUAAUACUGAGAGUGCUUAUCUUCUUAGUAUCUUAGUCUGAAUAUUUAUUUGGCAAAAAAAUAUAAAACCCCCCUCAACUAUCAAAAAUCAGUA